AUGGGAUCCCGACAACAUAUCCGAGAUAUCAAGUCCGGCCCGCCGCUUCCUUACAAUGAAGAUAUUAGAGCUUACAAGAAGGAAUAUGCCGAGGCUCUGGAUGCACAGGAUCCUCUGCGUCAGUUUCGAGAAGAAUUCAUUAUACCUUCCAAGAAAGAUCUAAAGAGAACGACCAUUGAGGCAAAUGAAGCCAGUGACGAGGCUUCCGACCCCAAAUGUAUUUAUCUUUGUGGUAACUCUCUGGGUAUCCAGCCUCGCAGCACUCGAAGGUAUAUUGAACAGUAUCUGCGCACAUGGGCCACGAAGGGCGUGACGGGGCAUUUCAUUCCUCAUGAGGACCAAUUACUUCCUCCUUUUGUCGACGUCGACACGGCUGGAUCGAAAUUGAUGGCGCCCGUAGUGGGCGCAUUACACAGUGAAGUGGCUGUCAUGGGAACUCUCACAGCCAAUAUCCACUUUCUCAUGGCAAGCUUCUACCGCCCAACACAAGAGAAAUACAAGAUUAUUCUGGAAGGAAAAGCUUUUCCAAGUGACCAUUUUGCGGUCGAGUCUCAAAUUCGCCACCACAACUUUGACCCCGAAGAUGCUAUGGUCUUGAUUGAGCCCGAGAAUCUUGAUCUACCCAUUUUGAGCACGGAACAGAUUCUUAAGGUCAUUGAUGAAAAUGCUUCAAGUACAGCAUUGAUUUUUCUUUCUGGCAUUCAGUUCUAUACUGGGCAGUAUUUCGACAUCAAGCGUAUCACUGCACAUGCUCACUCGAAGGGUAUCCUAAUCGGCUGGGACUGUGCCCAUGCUGCCGGCAAUGUAGAUCUACGUUUGCAUGACUGGGAUGUUGAUUUUGCGGCAUGGUGUACUUAUAAGUAUAUCAAUAGCGGGCCUGGUGGCAUGGCAGGGCUGUUUGUGCACGAACGGCAUGGUCAGACUAGUGAUGAUAAAUUCCGCCCUCGUUUAUCGGGGUGGUGGGGUAGUGACCUCAAAACCCGAUUCAUGAUGGAUAAUAAAUUCACUCCACAACCCGGUGCAGCUGGAUUUCAACUAUCAAACCCUUCGGUCUUGGAUAUGACUGCCAUUGUUGCUUCCCUCGAGAUCUUCAAUCGUACGACCAUGACAGAAAUCCGACAAAAGUCUUUAAAUAUCACGGGAUAUCUCGAACAUCUACUUUUGAAGUAUCCCCUUGAUGCUUCUCCAGAAGAUAAGCCAUUCACUCUCAUUACACCUUCAAAUCCCGCCGAGAGGGGAGCUCAGCUCAGUAUUCGCCUUCAACCCGGGCUGUUAGACCAUGUAUUGCACCAUUUAGAAGAGAACGGGGCUGUUAUUGACGAGAGAAAACCCGACGUUAUUCGCGUGGCCCCUGCACCAUUGUACAAUACGUAUGCUGAAGUUUUCGAAUUCUGCCAAAUAUUUUUGGAAGCAUGUCGAAAUGCAGUCAAAGCUCGCCAGUGA